AUGGCAAACGGGUCUUUCUUAUUUUUUCUUGUUAUUUCUGGUGUCGCUCUCGUCACUACAACGUCGUCGGCUUCUCCAAUGGUGUACGACAUCUCCGAACAAGGAAGAGACACUAUAAUCCAGGCUCUAAGUGGAGGAGCUGCUCAUUUUAGCAGCUGGGCUGAUGUCCUUACAUUGGCCGAUCCAUCCAUGUUUCCGAUGGCGACGACACUUUUCAUUCCAACCGAUUCUGUGUUUGAGCCAUUUUCCGCUUGUAAUUUGGACGCCUCCAUCAUGCUGUACCAUAUGCUUCCUGAGGAGCUCACUUUUUCUGAUCUCCUCUGA